ACCCUUUUGAAGAUUCAUGUAGAAUUCUCAUGUAAGAAGUAGAAUUCAUUAACAGAUCUAAAUUAGCAUAACUCUCUCUUAUUGGCUGUAGGGUGGAUAUAAAUUAACAGAAUUCUUUGUCGUUCGCUGUCGGCUGCCGGGUGUCAGGUCGUUGUUGGUUGUUAAAAACAUACUAAAAUGCCAAUAUAUCGAUAUAUUUCUUUGAUUUUUUUUUAUAUAUUUUGCUUCUGGUCACAUUUGAAUCGAUCACAAAUCGAAUAAAGGAAAGUUGGCAGCUCCGCAAAUGUGACCGCGAGGUGGCAGCGCCAACUGUUGUUUUUUUCGUCAAAAUAUUUGUUUCGAAACAUGUUUGAAUGUAAAAGCGAUAAAUUACUGAUCCAGGCAGAGGACGAAAAUGCCGAAACCGGCGAGCAACAUCCCCGCUGCGAGCAUGGACCCACUGUCUUGUUCUACCGCGAAUCCCAGCUACCCGGGCAGGGAUUUUAUGCCUGCUCCGCUCACCGGGACUCGAAACUUUGCAAUUUUCACCUGCCAGCGGAACAGUGGAGCGGUCAGGGUUCUGGGACUGAACCUGUAGAAAGAGACUAUCCCUCAUUAGCAGGAACAGAAACUCAUGUUCAUCUUCCGGAUCCCACAUUAAGCCUAACUGCUCUUUCCCAGGACAAAGUGAACGCCCAAUACUUCUUUGACGAAGCUGCUGUGAAUUUUCUUGCGGAACAGUGCAGAGUUUUGGGAGUAACCAAGGUAGUUUGCAUGGGAGCACCGCGCCUACACUUCCAUUUGCGCCACAAACUCAAAAGUUUUCUUCUGGACUUGGAUGAGAGAUUUGCUAGAUAUCUGGGACCACUAGAGUUCUGCCUAUACAACAUGUGCAACAAUCACUUCUUCUACAAUCGAAAACCAUUUGAAAAGUUCCUAGAUUGCUCCAGCUCAGAUCACCUGUUAAUUGUGACCGAUCCUCCUUUUGGCUGUCGCACUGAGCUGAUUUCCCAUACCCUACGCUCCUUGAGAAGGCUCCACAACCGAAUCAACCAACUUCCCUCAACUCCACUGCCCGUGUUCUGGAUUUAUCCCUACUACUCGGCCAAUCACAUAAAGCAGGAAAUGCCGGAGAUGGAGAUGUGCGAUUACAGGAUAAACUAUACGAAUCACUUGCGCUACACGAACGUGGGCAGGCAGAGUCGGUUUUGUGGCUCACCCGUGCGGGUGUUUACCAAUGUGCCACUUCGAUUACUUCAUUUGCCUUUGGAAGAGGGCUACAAAUACUGCGAAGAGUGCGAUUGCUACACGGCCAAGGAGAAUCUUCACUGUAGUCGCUGCGGGGCAUGUCCCUCGGUUAAUGGCCAGACAUACAGGCACUGUGAUCACUGCGAUACCUGUGUUAAGCCCAAUUAUGUGCACUGCUCCAGUUGCAGGAGAUGCACGCAACGGGAGGGGCACACCUGCGCCUUUUAUCAAAGCAAACAGCAUUGCUGGCUGUGCGGUGAGAAGGGGCACAUUGAAACCAGUUGCUUAAAGUUCCGGAAAAGCAAGCCGAAGCACACAAAGGGCUGCCUUAUCUGUGGCAAACAGAAUCACAGGGAACGAAGAUGCAAUCACCGCCGAAAAUACUUUAAGGAACUUCACUUUAUGGGCGAGACAUGCAUACAGUGCCUCUAAUUGUUGUGGCUUCACCCCCGACACACACACACACCAAGCCAAAUGUUAAAUUUAAUACAAAAUU